AUGGUCGAGGCAAAAGCCGGCCACGGCACCGUCGAGCUGGGCGUCUACGACUACGAACUGACUAUCACAGACGGAAAGAGCAUGAACGCCACGUUCAGCGGUAAAUGGGGAGAGGAGGCCGCGGCGGCGGGCGCGGAGAGUGACAGGCCUGCGGGGGACACCGACACUGCUGCGGCCGCGGCAACGUCGGCGGUCUCUGUCGCGCACAGGCCUGUGGGGAGUUCCGUGGCUGCUGCGGAUGCCUCGGCCUCCAGCGUGGGACGUGCCGAGUCUGCCGGCGUCACGGCCGAAGCAUCCUCGGCUGCCGCUGCCGAGACGACGGGCGCCAGCAGCGCCAGCAACGCGCUGCCGACUGCGUCUGCUGAUGCCCUGAGCAGCAUCACGUUCGUGCCUGGGGAGAGCACGGCGGUCAUCUCCUGGGUUGAGACGCGAAAGCCCGUCCCUACAGCCUGUGCGAAGAAGAACAAGAAGAGAGCCGUGAAGCUGGAGCUUUGA